AUGUCUUUUCCCCACAAACAAGUCCUUCUCGUAGGGGCUACAUCGGGCAUCGGAGCAGCAAUGGCGGAUAAGCUCAUCAAAAACGGUGCGAAAGUCAUCGCCGUCGGUCGGCGCCAGGAAAGACUGGAUGCUUUUGUCAAAAAGCAUGGCCCUACUCAAGCAGCUUCUAUCAGGUUCGACAUCACGGACAGGGCAGGCCUCGACGAUUUUGUAAACAGGGUUGUUAACAAUUUCCCCGAUCUGGACUGCGUGUUCAUCAACUCGGGUACCCAAAGCCAGAUCAAAUUAUCACAGCCCAGUAGUGUUGACCUUGACGCCUUUCGUGAGGAGAUCAACACCAACUUCUUGAGCGUCGUGGACAUGUCCAUCAAGUUUCUCCCGAAACUCCAAAACAAAGCGGUCCCGACAAGUUUGAUCAUAACCGGCACGCAUCUUGCGCUGAUUCCGGCGGUCACUAUACCGGCAUACUCUGCGUCCAAAGCAGCUCUGCAUGCUUUUGUGUAUUCUCUGAGGCAACAACUACAAGGUUCGAGUACCAAAAUCAUAGAGAUUUGGCCUCCCCUGGUACAGACCGAGUUACAUGAUUACAUGGGUGAGGAGACGGGUCGAUCGAUGGGAAUGCCUGUCGACGAGUUUGUCGAUAAGACAUAUCAGCAGCUCGCCUUGGGAACCGAGCACAUUCUCGUUGGUUCAAUUGGCCCGGAAGAACCAUUCUUGGAGCUUGUCAAGGUACGACAGCAGCAGUCCGAUGUACUUUCCAACUUCAUGCUCUCGCAUUUUGAGCUAUAA